GGCCUUUAGCUGCCUUUGCCGCGUAGCUGUAUCUGUGCCAAGUUAUUGUUGGCUGUGCUGAACAUUUAUAUAAGCAUGUUCUUGUAUGAAUCUAUUUUGCAAGCUGAUAGCAUACUGUUUGAAAUUAAUGAACAUUAGAUUUUAGAGGGGGUGGAGGUGAAUCUAAGCCUUCAACAACACAGGUCAAAAUACACAUUACCAAAGAUUGAAGGGUCAUUUCUCACAUACACAAACAUUGGUUAUACACAAUAAUACACAAAAUGGUUUCUGAAAAGCCGGAAUAAAGGAACAAUAGAGGAUUAUAAAGCAUGAGUAUUUUAAAUUAAACUUUCUAACCAUAACCCUACAUUGUAAAUGCAAUUGAUGGAUGUAUUUGGCUCUUUGGUAUAUAAAUGGACAUGAAAAAGAUAAAACUAUAAAAUUACAUUUAAAUUAAUAGUUUGUAUGAGAGCAAAAAUAAACAUUACAAUUACAAUAUAAACAUUUCAAAUCUGUUAAAAAAUCUGAAAGUUAGCAUGAAACAUAAAUUAACAUGAAUUUAUUAUUAUUUAUGAGAACAUAUUCAACAGAAACAAAUGUUUAUUAUUGCUAUCGCUUCGUUAGUCCUCGAAUUUACGAGCUGCACCUGAACGCUCCGCGGGACGCACGCAGUCACAGGUAGCCUUUCCGGGCCUGUGAUUGGUCGACGGACUGUCAGUUCCCAAGCACGCCUGUCAAACACAGCCAAUCAGCUUGCGUGUUGUUGGCCUGUCCACCGGUUCGCCGGGUCGGCUUCGCACAGGUUUUUCAGCUGGGGGGGAAGAAGAAAAAAAAAAAAUAGGGGAAGCAACUGGCGAGAGAGGGCAACGUCGUCCGCGCGCGCUGCCAUGGACCUCAGGGACAAUGUCGAGACGGGCGAGACGGAGAACCACACGGAGCUUUUCUACGUGCCGAUCCCGGACGAGGCGCCGUGCAAAGGGGAGCAGGAGAAGCUGUCCGGCGUCGUCAAGAACGUCCACAGAAAACUGCGCAGGAAAUACAGAGAGGUGGGUGAUUUUGAUAAGAUCUGGCGCGAGCACUGUAAAGAUGAGCAGACGCUGAGCGAGUACGCCCUCGCCAUGAAGAACCUUGCCGACAACCACUGGACCAAGAACUGCGAGGGAGAGGGACGCAUCGAAUGGUGUCGCAGUGUCUGUCAGGAAUAUUUUUUGCACGGCGGGAUGAAAAGGAUGGUACAAAAGGAUGAAAAAAGUGCCGCGCUUACCAUGGGUCUGAGCACAGAUUCUGUAAGUGUCCAACCGUACGGGACCAUCCCCAGUUCUAUUUCUCAUUUGGGGAAAAUGCGCCUUCUUGAUGUGGGAAGCUGCUUCAACCCUUUCUUGAAGUUUGAUGAAUUCCUCACAGUUGGGAUCGACAUAGUGCCUGCAGUCGAGAGUGUGUACAAGUGUGACUUCCUCAACCUUCAGCUCCAGCAGCCUCUCCAGCUGGCGAGCGACGCGGUCGAGGCCUUCCUCCGCCAGCUCCGCAACCCCAUCGACACGCUGCCCGCCCAGCUGUUCCACGUGGUGGUCUUCUCCCUGCUGCUGUCCUACUUCCCCUCGCCGUACCAGCGCUGGAUCUGCUGCAAGAAGGCCCACGAGCUGCUGGAGCUGCGCGGCCUGCUGCUCAUCAUCACGCCCGACUCCUCCCACCAGAACCGCCACGCCCUCAUGAUGCGGAGUUGGCGCGUCGCGGUGGAGUCUCUGGGCUUCAAGCGGUACAAAUACGUCAAGUAUUCCCACAUGCAUCUCAUCGCCUUUCGCAAGGUGUCCCUGGCCACCACCAGCGACCUGGUGUCCCGCAACUACCCGGAGAUGCUCUACAUCCCUCAGGACUUCCACUCCAACGAGGAGGAGGAGGAGUGCGCCGACGUGCCCGUGCAGGUGCGCUCCGAGUUCGAGGACGACCAGAUGGCGUGGGGCUUCACGGAGCUGCCCGACACGCCCUACGACUCCGAUUCCGGGGAGAGCCAGAGCAGCUCGGUGCCGGGCUUCCACGAGCUGGAGGACCCCAUCCUGCUUCACAGCUAGGCUGAGCCGGCUCCCCCACCCCCGACCCCCUCACCCCCCCCUUCUCAUGUUACCGUACGUAACUGUCACCUCCCCUACAACUGCUGCGCUGCCAAAUUUAAACCUGCUGCAUUCUUCCCCCCAUUUCUCUGCCCUCUUUUCAAAACAAUGCAGUUUGCACAGUGCGAAAGUUUACAGAUUAUUGACUCGUAUCCACACUCCUCUGGGAGCACACACACACACACACACACACACACACACACACACACACACACACACACACACACACACUCCCCCCCCCCCCCCCCCCCUAGUUGCAUAGACACAGACACACUGAGAUGGAUAUAUUUUGAUAAAUAUCUAGGUUUUUUAAAGAGUUGCAAAGUGAAUGCCCCGAAGAUGUCUCAAACUCCUUUCUCCUGGAUGCCCAUGCAAUCUUCCAAUCAGCUCUUAAUAACAAAAGUCAGCUUGUCUGUACGUGUGUCUCUAUUUCAAUGAGCUGUCUGAGCGGCAGGCGGGUUAGUG